UCCACGCGAAGCUAUUGUGUCCGCUCUGUUCCAAAAAAAUAUAUCAAAAUAUAGAGUGUAAAAUUAGGUGUAUUAAAAAGUGAAUGACGGAGAUUUAAAUAAGAGUAUAUUAUUAUCGUGCAUGAGAGCAAACGUUCGCCUUCGAUGAGAUAAAUGCGCUUGUUUUCCUUAUCAAGAUUAAUACCUACCUACAGUGAUAAAAAUAUCUGUUGCCAGUUAAAUCUACAACGGUGGAAGUUGUCACGCGAGCGCCCGUGGAGCGUCACGAAUAUAUUAUAGCAAAAUGUGGUCCAAACUGUUUACAACUGUGAAAUAUAUAUUAGUGACAGUCAAUUUUCUUUUUCUGAUCACUGGUAUUAUAAUUCUGUCGGUCGGUGGGUCAGUCCAGUCCGCUUACAAUGGAUACCACCCGUUCCUAUCGGACAGAUUUUUCUCUCUGCCAGCCUUCUGCAUCGCGACUGGUGUUAUUAUAUUCCUGAUAUCAUUCUUCGGGUUCUAUGGAGCCUUCAUGGAGAAUUACAUGAUGAACAUGGUGUUUGCCGGAGCUAUGGUCCUGAUCUUCAUCUUCCAGCUGUCCGCCUGUAUAGCUGGGUAUGCUCUAAGGGGUAACACCGUGGCGUUGGUUCAGAAACAGCUGACCUCCACCAUGGUGCUGUACGGACCUGACAAGAGCAUCGAAAUCACCAAGCUUUGGGAUCAAGUGCAAGAAGAUUUUGAAUGUUGUGGUGUGGUGAAUGCCAGCGAAUGGCUGCAACCCCUCAACACGGAGACUUCCAAGGGUUUGCCUGUCAGCUGCUGCAGCCACGUGUACGGAACCGUGACUACCUUCAACUGCACCGUGACUACAGCUUACCCCACUGGCUGUGCAGAGUCCUUCGGCAACUGGGUUAGGAAACACGCUUCUGGGAUCGGCGUCGCUGGUAUCUUCUUAGUUUUAAUGCAGGGUUUGGCGGUGGCCGGAGCCUUAUGGAUGGCAAAAAUAUCCAGAGACGAGCGUGGUGCUUAUCCUUAAGACACAAUUUAUUCCUAAUUUAAAAUAAUUCUUGUAAGCUGUGGUAUGUGCAAUAUACGAGAUUUUGAGAGAACAAAAUAAGAUAUUAAAAUCGUAUUUAUUAUUUUAUUCUUUAAACUUUUAUGUACGCAUUUAUAGAAAU